AGCUAUGUCAAAUCUGUGAUGCGACACAGACCUUCCUGACACACUUUUUGGUUGAACUUAAAUAAACUGAUUUAAGGAAAUUCUAGGAUUUGCUCUUAAAGAGAAUCCAAAAAUACUCAGCCAUGGCUCAGGGAUACAUUACAAGUUAUAUAAAUGACUAUCGAAGGCAUGACGAAAAACGAGAGCCCCCAAUCAUUCCUGGCGAUAUGAGAUUCGAUUGUGAUGAUGACAAAGCACUUUGGAUGGACGAAAGUGAGUUUGGAGUUGGAGACAUAUCGGACUUAACCAAAGGCGCAGCCAUGUUGAAGAUGAUGCGAAUGAGAAGGAUGAUAAGUACCUACCGACAACACUAUUGUGAAGAGAAACCCAAACAGGAUGGAUCUGAAGAGAUGGAAAAAAAGCCUUUUGCUGAAGAUCUGGGGUUUGAAAACGCCUUGUUAGAGAACUGUAAGAUCCUUUACGGGAGGAAGACAAAAAAGUUGUUGCCCCCCGUAACCACUAGUAGACGUAUCAACGGAUACAUGAGGAGUUCUAGGUUCUACACGCCGCUAACAGUGUAUCAAAAAGUACAUGGACAAGUUGGUUAUAAGAUUCUAGAGAGAAACCAACAGCAGCAAUAAAGUGUUCGAACCUCCAUCGUUAAUUCAUUCCACUGCUAGCUAAACUUAUGCAGAGGACAUUCCGACAGAAUAUGCUGCGGCUCCACCUCAUCAAGAUGUGCUUAACGUUGAGACUAUCUUCAAGGUGGUUCAUCACGUUUUACAAAGUCAUUAUAAUCUAAGUAAUAUCUACUUUUUGAUGAUAGUGUGGAUUUGUAUGUAUUUGUAUGUUGCGAUAGUUCAGAUCUUAGCCAUAGUUUUAAAAAUUCACAACAUUAUGUGAUGUCUCAG